GAGAACUUUGCUAAGAUAUAUAACUACAGACAAUGUGAAACACAGUGUUCAACUGAAAUUUGUGGAUACUUAUUUAAUUCCUUUAACUUAUCCAUUAUGACAGAGCCUGUCCCUACGAAGAGCACUCAAGAAUAUCCCGGCCAACACAAAGAUUUGGAUCCUCAGCCUGAUUUAUUGAAAUUCCGUGAUGGGAGAGAACAUGUGGGCACUGGUAAGCUGCUAAAUAAGCGCUCAAUUAUCACAGGAGGAGACUCAGGAAUUGGUAAAGCCGCUGCUAUUAUGUUUGCUCGUGAAGGCAGUGAUGUAGUUAUCACUUGUUUUCAUCAAGAGCUUCCUGAUGCCGAACAUACUAAAGACCUAAUUGAAAAAGAAGGUCGAAAGUGUCAUAUCUUUGUUGCCGAUUUAAGUUAUUCUGAAACCUGUACAAACCUUGUUCAAUUUGCAGUCGAAAAGAUGGGAGGCAUCGAUGUCCUCGUAAAUAACGUUGCCUACCAAAAACUCGCAGAGACAAUUGAAGAUAUAUCUGAUGAACAAUGGGAUCACACCUUCAAAACCAAUAUUUAUUCUUUCUUCUGGAUUACCAAGGCUGCCCUUAAACAUAUGAAGCCUGGUAGUGCAAUUGUCAAUGCUGCUAGUAUCAAUGCCUAUGUUGGACGACCAGACUUGUCUGAUUACACAUCCACUAAGGGUGCAGUCGUUAGCUUUACAAGGGCUCUCAGUAAUCAGUAUGCCAGUCGUGGCAUUCGUGCCAACGCUGUCGCUGCUGGCCCCAUUUAUACUCCCCUUGUCCACUCAACUUUUCCUUCAGAGAUGAUUGAAGUCUCCAACCAAGUACCUAUGGGUCGCAUGGGUCAGCCUUCUGAAGUUGCUUCUUGUUAUCUUUUCCUUGCUUGCUCUGACGGUGGUUACAUUACAGGUCAAACAAUCCAUCCUAAUGGCGGUACCGUUGUGAACGGUUAACCCUGUUGUAAUUUUUUUAAAAAAAAACA